CGCAACUAGGACGCCAUUCCUGGAGCGUGAGAGUGAGGGCAGGUACAACCACACUGCCUCCACCGUUGGAAGAAUGUCAACAACUAGCCACGGAAGGGUUAACAGGGACCAGUAGUGACGUCAGGGACUCCGUGCGCCCAGGCACGAACCCCUCCAGCGGACUACAGCUCUUCACUGUGCAAAACUACAACCACCGUGAGGAAGUAGGCGAAGCGCAUGCGCACUCGAGACUCCCUCUUUGUUUUGAUAGGCGGAUGAAAAGACUACACAUCCCACAUGCCAUUGCGGCGUGCUCAUGCGCUCUACUGCACAUUGGGCCAUUUAAAAGUCGUCGUUAGGGGAAAUGGCCGCGCAGCUAGGUACGUUCUCUGAGGAGAAAGACAAAGCCAAGGUAGGGCGUAAAAAGAAGCGGAGGGACAGUUCACCUUCGUCGGAGAAGAAGAGGAAAAAGAAAGACGAGGCGGUCCCCAGAGGAGAUCUGACCGAAAAGGAAGCGAAGAGGAGGAAGCUGGGCAAUGACACCCAUCACAGCUGUCACCAUCACCACCACCAUCACCAUCACAAGCACCAUCACCACCACAAUGCCAAAGAGGAGCUGCUCCUGCGGCCUCCUCCGCCGCCCCUGCCCAGCGCUGCCCCCCCUGUGGCCCCCAUCAACCAGGCCCUCUUCACCCUGUCUCAGCUGGAGCGGCCCAGGGACAAGGGGAAGAAGAAGCACCGCAUCAAGAAGGAGAAUGGGGAAGGAGACAGCCCCCUGAAAUCUGUCAAGAAAGAAAUUACAGAUGAAAAUGGUAAAUUUUCGAGAUUGAUAAAGGAUGAGGAAGAUGAUGAUGCUCUCCUCCUUAAAAAGCUCAAGAAGAAGAAGAAACAUAGGGAUGACUUAAGAGGCAGGAGGUUGAAAAUGUACAACAAAGAGGUACAGACCCUUUGUGCCGGACUGACACGCAUCAGCCAAGAAGUCGUGGAUCAGUCCGAAGUGGAGGUGAACAAAGAGUCCAAUAGAUAUCUGAAGGAUGAGCAGCUGUGUCGCUCGGACUUGGGCACCCAGGAAUACAGAGUCCCCCAGGAGGUCCAGAUGCCCUUUGCAUCUCACCAGGAGCACUGCAUUCGUACCAGUACGUUAAACACCGGUUCCAAGUUCAGCAGGUUGAUGCACGAGGAGAACCAGUCGAAUGGUGGAGCCCCAGUUUUGCAUGCCUACAUGGAUGAACUUUCCUUCUUGUCUCCUGUGGAGAUGGAGAAAUUUGCAGAGGAAUUCCUGGACCGGACAUUUUCGGAAAAUGAUAAGAAUUCAGCCUACUAUGCCCUGGCCAUAGUACAUGGUGCAGCUGCGUACUUGCCAGAUUUUCUGGACUACUUUGCUUUCAACUUCCCGAACACCCCCGUGAAAAUGGAAAUCCUUGGCAAGAAGGAUAUUGCGACGACUACGAUUGCGAACUUCCACGCGCAGGUCAGCAGGACGUAUUGUUGUGGCACAUAUAGAGCUGGUCCAAUGAGGCAGAUCAGCUUGGUGGGAGCAGUUGAUGAAGAGGUUGGAGACUUUUUUCCAGAGUUCCUGGACAUGUUGGAGGAAUCUCCUUUUCUAAAGAUGACUUUGCCUUGGGGGACAAUGUCUACACUUAAGCUCCAGUGCAGAUCGCAAAGUGAUGAUGGCCCAAUCAUGUGGGUGAGACCAGGAGAGCAAAUGAUCCCUACAGCAGACAUGCCAAAGUCCCCUUUCAAAAGGAGAAGGACUAUGAAUGAGAUAAAGAAUCUAUCGUACUUGCCACGCACUAGUGAGCCCAGGGAAGUUCUUUUCGAGGACCGAACAAGAGCUCAUGCCGAUCAUGUUGGUCAAGGUUUCGACUGGGAGAGUACGGCUGCAGUAGGGGUUCUGAAGGCCGUCCAGUUUGGAGAAUGGAGCGAUCAGCCUCGCAUAACCAAAGAUGUGGUCUGCUUCCACGCAGAGGACUUCUCCCACGUUGUGCAGAGGUUACAGCUAGAUCUCCAUGAGCCUCCCGUUUCCCAGUGUGUUCAGUGGGUGGAUGAAGCGAAGCUCAAUCAGAUGCGUCGAGAAGGCAUCCGUUAUGCUCGGAUCCAGUUGUGUGAUAAUGACAUUUAUUUCAUCCCCCGCAAUGUCAUUCACCAAUUUAAGACUGUGUCAGCAGUGUGCAGCCUGGCCUGGCACAUACGCUUGAAGCAAUACAGCUCCAACGAAGAAAAAACAGAACCUGUAGGAACGGACGACAGCUCUGAAGUUAAACCUCCUGAGGAUAUUCCGACCAUUGUCAAAAGGGAAGCGGAGGAAACUCCUCUCUCUGCACCAACACAAGGACCUUUUGUAGCACCACUCCUCCCAUCACAGAGGCUGGACAUCCAGCCGUCACCGACACAAACGCCUAAUACAUAUCGCUCAGAUUUGUAGAUAAAGUAUUCUGAAGAUUUUUUAUUUUUAUUUUAUUUUAUUGUGUUUCUUAAACCUAUUUUUUAAAACUUUUGAUGUGAAGGUAUAGUUUUAUAACAGACUGACUUUAUUCCUGUAAUUUCCAAAUAACUCCAAUACUGGUUUCAUAAACCUUGUAUCUAGGUUUCUUAUCGCUGACACGGCCAGCCGGGACAACACUGCUGGCAAAAAGUAUGUUAUGUGUACAAAAAGAACUUUCUACAUUUUGAUGUUGUUUCAAUAUACCUUGUGUGGCAGGGAUAGGAGUCUCACAAACGUAUUUUUCUUUUUUUCUUUUUUUUUUUUUUUUUUAACGCUUGGGAUAAAUAAGCACUUUGUAAAUGUGGUUAGUUGACAUUAUGAAAUAAACCGCAUUUGUAGUUUUAACUUUUUUUUUUUUUUUUUCUAAAAUUAUGACCAGGCUAAAUAUUAGCUGGAUAGUUCAGUCAUAUACCAGUUAAUAUAACAACUGGUCUGACUUCUUUAUUUUUUUUUUAUAUUUUUUUUUUUUUACAAAAAUGAUCUCAGAAGGAUUUUAUUUUAUAUAUUUAUUC